AUGGAUGCAACAAAAUUGACGAAAUCGCACCAGGCCCUCAGUGUACUCCAUGCGAAGCAGGCCACCGAGACAAUGAGGGAAGCACUCUCUUCCUCGUCGUCUCCCUCGACGUUGUCUUCCAUCACCUCUCCUCUCUCUUCUGCCUCUGAACCUCCCGCAUUGGGAGAGAUACAAACCGGGGACUCGGAAUCGACACUGUUCUUUAACGCCCAAGUACCCGAAUUCUGGGAGACAUGCGUGCAUGAAGUUAUCCAGCAGAGGUGCAAGGAAGCGCCGGAAUCAUCGGCAGUGGCUGCUUGGGACGGAUCGUUUACGUACGGCGAAUUGGACGACCUUUCCAAUCGACUGGCAUCUAGCCUCAUAUUGCUGGGCGUCAAGGCUGAAACCUUCGUUCCGAUAUGCAUGGAAAAAUCGCGGUGGGCAACAGUCGCGAUCUUGGGAGUGAUGAAGGCCGGGGGGGCGUUCACCCUGCUCGAUCCAUCAUACCCGCUUCCCCGGUUGAAGACCAUUUGCGAGGAGCUGUCAAGUCUCGUGGUUCUCUCAUCCACUGCCCAAUCUGAACGCUGCACGCAGCUGGCGAAUGUGAUUGUUGUAGAGCACCUGUGCCGAGCGUGGCACCCCGGGGCGUACCUCGCUCAGUCGCCGGCCACUGUCUGCCCGUCGAACGUCUUAUAUGUGGCCUUUACCUCCGGCUCGACUGGUAAGCCAAAGGGGGUCCUGAUUGAACAUCGGGCCUACAGCUCGGGUGCCCGAGAGCAUCUCAAGGUCUUCCAAAUUGAUCAGGCUUCUCGGGUCUUGCAAUUCUCCUCGUACGCAUUUGACGUCAACAUCAUGGAGACGCUGAGCACGUUGAUGGCGGGAGGCUGCCUCUGCGUGGUGGGGGAGGCCCAACGAUCGGAUGUCUCCUUGUUUGCUGAGGCCGUGGACGAGAUGCAGGUUAGCCAUGCCAUGCUGACGCCCUCGUUUGCACGAACAGUGCCAUGGGAGAAUGUGAGGCACCUCCGGGUAUUGAUACUCGGCGGGGAGGAAAUGCGACAGUCGGACGCAGCAAUAUGCGCGGAACGAGGAGUCAGACUGAUCAAUGCCUACGGUGCAGCCGAGUGCUCGGUGAAUGCCACAGCGCGGCCAGGAGUCCAGCCCGGAGAUAAUCUCAGCACUAUCGGGCACGCCACAGGGGCGAUAGCCUGGAUUGUUGACCCGGACGACCCAGAGAGACAGAUGGGGCCCGGGACAGCUGGGGAGUUGCUCUUGGAAGGGCCGAUUGUGGGCCGUGGGUAUUUGAACAGUCCGGAAAUGACGGCCAGGGUAUUUAUAGACCCACCAAAGUGGCUGCGGCAGCUGCGGAUGAUGCACUACCAGCACCAACUGUAUCGAACGGGGGACCUCGCGGUGCAAGACAGCACUGGGGCCUUGACGCUCCUUGGCCGCAAGGAGGGCCAGGUGAAGAUCCGAGGCCAGCGGGUCGAGCUGGCCGAAAUCGAACAGCAUAUCGAUCAGGUCCUCACCGCAGCGACGGAGGUAGUUGUUGAGAAGGUGACCGCUGAGUGCGACCAGCGAGACGUUCUAAUGGCUUUCGUCCAAACUGGAAGGGCCGCACAGGGUUGGACUGAGGGCUCGCCCUUUUUUUUACCUCCCCGGCCUGCGUCCAUCCAGGAAUUCAGCGCCGCCCAGAGCCAGCUGCGGGAGCAGCUCCCCAGGUACAUGAUCCCUGCCAUCUUCAUCGGUGUUAGCUGCAUCCCGCGAACACCCUCCGGCAAGGCGGAUCGCCGGCUGCUGCGAAUGACCGCCGCCCGCCUGUCGAGAAAAGAGCUACGGGAGUUCGCCGGAUCACCCAUUGACGGUCGCCCUCCGAGCACCGCGGCCGAGCACGCGUUGCAGCAACUGUAUGCCGAUGUGCUAGAAUUGCCUUUGCUGAGCAUCAGCGUGGACGACUCAUUUGUGCGUCUUGGUGGGGACUCUAUUAUGGCUGUGCGACUGGUGGGAGCCGCUCGAUUGGCAGGGCUUGUGCUAGAUAUCCGCGACGUGCUUGGAACGGCACGGCUGGAGGAACAAGCGCGAAAGGCCACCCCUGUGUCAGAAGAAACAACCUGCGAGACCUACGUGCCCUUUUCUUUGCUGGGAAGCCGGUGUUCGGACCGCGAUGAAGUGCUGCGCCUGGCGGCAGAGCAAUGCGGGACCUCGCCAUCCGAGAUUGAAGACAUAUAUCCAUGUACGCCCUUGCAGGAAGGAAUGCUGGCCUUGUCCUCGAGCCAGCCCCAGAUGUACGUCGGCCAGAUCGUGUUUGGAAUGCCGGAGGAUGUCGACGUCUCCCAAUUCAAGGCUGCGUGGCAGUCAACGGCGGAUGCGACUCCCAUCCUCCGCACGCGCAUCAUCCACACACCGCAGGGACUGUUGCAGGUGGUGCUUCGAGGAAGGCUGGUCUGGGAAACGUACAACAAGACGCCAGAAGCGUGCGCAUCUGUCGUGGGCUCCCAGAUCGGCUCCCCCGGUGCACCGCUGAUACGCUUUGCUCUGGGAGAUGGGGACCAUCGGGGUGAAUUUGCCCUCACCGUCCAUCAUGCAGUAUGGGAUGCAUGGACGAUGCGGCUGAUCCACGAUGCUCUCGAACGGUCGUUCCAGGGUGAACCGACAAAGAAACACCCGUUCCACCCCUUCAUCCAGUAUCUGCAGCAAGUGGAUGGCGCAACGAUGGACGACUUUUGGCGCACCGAACUGGCCGACCUAGAGGCGCCCUCAUUCCCAGCCCUGCCAUCGACCCAGCACCGGCCGGCACCCACGGCGAUGUUGCGGCACACCGUGGAGAAGAUCGAGGUUGUGGCACGCAUUCACACAAUGGCCAGCUACAUCCACCUAGCUUGGUCGCUCCUGGUGGCGCACUAUACAGAUUCGACAGAGGCUGUCCACGGCGCUAUAGUGAGCGGUCGGAAUGCCCCUGUGGCAGACAUCAAUGAGCUGGCAGGGCCUACCAUUGCUACGGUGCCGGUGCGCGUCCGUGUCAGACCCGAGGACACCAUCUCGGCUGCCCUGGAGCAGAUCCAGACUUGCAUGGUGCGCAUGGUCCCGCAUGAGCAGGCUGGGCUCCUACGCAUUGCAAAGACGAGCCCGGAUGCCGCCAGGGCCUGCAGCUUUCAGAGCCACCUUAACAUCCAAGUAGUAGAGCAGGAGCAUCGCCUGCUCCCUGCCAGGCGGGGAAUCGCCAGCACGGGCAUGGAGCUCACACGGUUCUCUAGUUACGCCCUCAACUUGCUGAUACAGCUAACCCCUGACAAUACGAGUGUCACCGUGGACAUUGCGUACGAUCCCCAAGUGCUGAGUGCGUGGCAGGUCGACCGGAUGAUCCACCAGUGGGAGCAUAUCCUGCGCCAGAUCUGCCGAGAGCCGUCUGGAUCUCUCCAGGAGCUCGACUUCGCCAGCCCACUAGAUCGAGAUCUGCUUCGGCUGCGGAAUGCGGAGACACCCACCGUGGACUGGCGCUGCCUUCACGACCUCGUGCUGGCCCAGGAGGCGCGGCAGCCUUCACGACAGGCUGUGUCCGCCUGGGACGGGGACUUCACGUACCAAGAGCUGGCUGAACUGUCUUCUAACUUUGCCCGGCUCCUGAAUCUCUUUGCAGUGGGACGCGGGUCGUUUGUGCCUAUCUGCAUGGACAAGAGCCGGUGGGCAAUUGUUUCCAUUCUCGCGGUGCUGCAGACCGGGGCCACCUGCGUCCUCCUAGAUCCCCAACAUCCACGCCAGCGCAUGCAGGACACCAUUGCCGGCUUAUCUGUUCCGGUUUUGGUAAAUGCGCCGUCGACUGCCCCAGUGACUAGAGGUCUAAGUGCGAUUGAGCUCUGCGUGUCAGCAAAGCUCACGGAACAGCUGUGGACGAAUCCCUAUGGCAGUCGCUUCCAGACACACGUAGACCCGGACGACCUUGCUUUCCUGAUCUUUACCUCCGGCAGCACAGGGGUCCCCAAGGGGAUUGCUAUGCCACAUUGCACUGUCAGUUCAAGCAUCUACCAUAACAGUGCCCCGAUGAUGAUCGACGCCGAUACACGCACCCUGCAUUUUUCCUCGUACGCCUUUGAUGUCAGCAUUUACGAGAUCUUCACCACUCUGGCCGCCGGCGGAUGUGUCUGCGUGCCUUCCGAGUUCCAGCGCACGAACGAGCUCGCGGACUUCAUCCAGCAGAGGGCUGUCAAUUGGACGUUUCUGACUCCAUCGACGGCGCAAUCCCUGCAUCCGUCGGAGGUGCCUGGCCUCGCUACGUUGGUCUUGGGCGGCGAAGCAGUGACGCCGGACCAUGUUAAAACCUGGGCACCUGGCCGGUCACUCAUCAAUGGGUAUGGCCCCGCGGAGGCAACUAUAUGUGCCGUCGGCCGAAUGCCAGAGCAUGGAUGGGUCCCCGGUAACAUCGGCCACGUCGUCGGCGGAGUGGGAUGGGUCACGAUUCCCUCCGAUCCCAGCCGGCUGGCUGCAAUUGGAGCCAUCGGCGAGCUGCUGCUGGAAGGGCCGUUCCUUGCUCGAGGGUAUCUGAACCAGCACGAGGCUACCGCUGCCUCGUUUAUUAGUCCGCCCCCCUGGCGCCGCACGCUGCUGCCUGGUUGUGAUGCCGACACGACCCGGCUCUACCGCACAGGCGAUCUGGUGCAGUACGAGGAAGACGGAUCAAUCCGAUACAUCGGGCGGCGCGACACACAGUUAAAGUUACGGGGCCAGCGCAUCGACCUCGGGGAGAUAGAGACACAGCUCCGCCGGAGCUUCCCUGGGGUGCACGACGUCGUUGCCGAAGCGAUCCAGCUGCCAAUACUGCAGGAUAGGGCUGCCCUGGUGGCGUUCAUCGGCUGCCAGGAGGCCCAGGUGACAGAAUCGGCCGUAGGGGAGCAAGUCCUGUCUGCCGUCGAUGCAGGCUUUCAACACGCUGUCUCCGUGGCGCAAUCCCGCCUCCAGGCUAUCCUCCCACCAUAUAUGCUGCCAUCGGUCUUCUUCCCUCUCGCUCACUGCCCCAAGACUCUCACGGGCAAGACGGACCGCCGCUGUCUGCGCCAGGCUGUGCUGUCUCUGCCGCCGCACGAACUACAGCUGUAUCGGGUGGCCGGUCGCCAGAAGACUAGGGUCCCUGUUUCCCGCGGGCCUGAGUUACGUCUGCAGUCCAUCUGGGCAGACCUCCUCCAUAUCCCUUGCGACGAGAUCGGUUCGGACGACACCUUUCUUCUCCACGGUGGCGAUUCGGUGGCGGCCAUGCGGAUGGUUGCCCUGGCCCGCCGCGCCGACUUCACAUUUAGGGUUACCGACGUGCUCAGCAACUGCACUCUCUCCGAGCUAGCCCGCUGCACGGGUGAAGAGCCUUGCUUGACUGAUGGGGAUGGGCCACUGCCCACCACCCACGAACUCGAGGCUGCCGACCAAGUGGUGGCCAGUCCUGUGUCUACGGAGUAUCAUACAGGAUUGACAGGCGCCAACCUGGGAACUGACGCCAUCGCGGUCUAUCCCACCACGCAGGCCCAGUCCUUCCUCAUCAAGCGAUAUCCUUGGACACACUGGCGGUUUUCGUUCCACGGGGAGGUCAGCGUAAAACGAUUGCGCACAGCAUGCGCACGCCUCGUGGCUGCUCACAGCAUCAUGCGCACACUCUUCGUGGCGGGUGCCGGGGGAGAGCGUGUCCGCCAUGUUGUAAUGAAGGAGCUGGAUAUCCCUUUGCACACCGGCACCACGCACAGGAACCUGGAGGAGUACUGCCAAUCAAUCUGUGAUGCCGAGCAGGAGAUGGACGUCCUCGAGGCCGUGCUGCCCACGCGUCUAACUCUGAUCUCAGACGCCCUUCACACCUCGCAUAUCUUCAUUCUCCGUCUGUCCCAUGCCCAGUACGAUGGCAUUUGCGUUCCAAAGAUCUUCGCGGAUCUCGAAGCCCUCUACAAUGGGACAGAACCAAUCGCCCCAACGAGGUUUGAGCGAUACCUCGACGAACGCCGAUGGUACGAUGGCGAGCAUGCUCAUGCGUUCUGGAAAGAGUACCUUGCCGGGUCAUCGCCCCCCUGCACGAUGCCUGUAAAAGCGACACCACCAACGAACUCUGAUGGCAGUAGGCCUUCGGCUCCUCUUUCUAUCAUCUCAGCGUCUCAGACCGUGCCGUACACUGCCUUUCCAUUUCAGGUUACACUAGCAACAGUGGUCAAAGCCGCAGCGUGUCUGGUCCUAGCCCGUCUUACAGGACGCACCGACAUCACCGUCGGCCAGACCGUUAAUGGUCGGAGCCUGCCUCAGCCAUGGGUGAGCGAAGUCGUAGGGCCAUGCGUUAAUUAUAUCCCAUUCCGAGCAACGCUGUCCCAGUCAAUGUCGAUCCAGGACUACCUAGUCCACAUGCAAAGCCAGCAUAACCGCUGUAUCCGCUACGACGGCGCCGAGCUGGACGCAAUCAUCAAGAGCUGCACCACCUGGGACCCGACGACGGAGUUUGGUUUCAUUCUUCAGCAUCAGAACAUUGAUAUGGACUUGAGCCUCACCCUGGACGGAAAUCGAUGCGCAUCCUGUGCUUCUUCCGGCCGUUUGCGUCCGUCUAACGAGGUUUGGAUUUGUUCCACGCCGUGCCCGUCUGGUGUUGACUUGGAUGUAUUCGCCUCCAGCCAGACUCUAACGGCGGAUGCUGCUAAGAGUCUGGUGGACGAUAUUGCUGAUAUGAUUCAAACUCUGCUGUACAAUUUGCAAACCCCUCUGCGAGAUGUCGUGGAGUUGGACUAG